AUGGUGGCGGGUCAGGAAAGACGUGGAUUCACCCUCCUGUUGGAAUUACGUUACGCCAUAGGCUCAGAUGUUCUUCUUAAUGGUCGAGUUGAAUAUAACGUGAAGCUGUUUGGAUCACAAGAAGUAAAGGAAGCUAAAGGGACGGAUAUUAUUCGCGAUGCAAUACAAGCAAUACAGUUCCAGAAUGGGGUAAGACGGUACCUCAAUACCUUUCAUGGUUUUUUCAAGGUGAAACGUUUUGAAUCCACGCAACCUGGUGCUAAACUGCAAAAAGUUGAUCUUCAAAUCAACGUGGAUGGAGUGACAAUUGUCGACUCGAAAACGAAGGACAAGCGGAUUUUUUCGUUUAUUACAAGAUCGCAGUCUGAUCCGGAGAAACAUCAGUGCUUCGUGUUUCUAAGUGACAAGAUGGCUGAGCAAAUCACACUGACAGUAUUCGUGCUUCGGAAAAGAAUCGCCGAAUUGGAAGCCGAGAAUCAGGUACUUAGUGAACGGUUAGCAGAAGCUGUUAGAGCUAAUAAGGCUCCGCAGGUAUCUCUACUUGAUACUCCCGCACUACCGUCUACACCAAUGCCUUCUGGACCACCUCCUGGGAUUGCACACAAUGCACUUUACUCUACUCCUCAGAAUCUUCAACCACUCCCAAAAGAUCUAUUUUCCGCAUACAUCAAUGAGCCUUCGGAAUUUGCUCCUUGUGUCAAUGCAGUUUCACAAAUUAAUGUUCAACAGCAAACACCGCCUCCGGCUUCUGUGCCCAGUCUGGCUCCUCCUCCGCCUAUAGCACCGCGUCGAAAUGCUCCCACACGUGCAAACACUAUACCUGCUGUAGAAGUAGGUCCGCGACUGCAGAACCUACAACUGGAUAAUAUGGAAGAUGUGUUCGACGAUACCUUUGAUCCUCGUGCAGAGAAAGAAUCGAAAACGACUAAAGAAUACGAUCCUUUCGGUGACGAUUUCCUGGACGAUAUCUUGAGGACUGGUGACUCAGCAAGCCGUGCAACAAUAGCUCGUGCAGAAGCUAAGCAACCAACCGCAGAGGACUUCCAAGUAAUGAUUGACAAGGUCGAUAAGAGGCUGGCAGAGAUGUCCAAGGGCUUUUCUGGAGGACGUCUUGAAAUGGGUCAAGUGUCGCCAGAAGAAUCAUUACCUGACUUCGACAACGAGAACGAAUAUGGUACACCUGUGGAUAAAGUGAAUAGUGUUGUAAUGACGGGUAAAAAAACAGUGUAG